AUGGAGUCUUUGUUGAUAAAGCAAGACCUUUCACUCACGCUUAAAGGGAAAGCAAAGAAACCAGUCGGGAUGAUUGAUGAAGAUUGUGAAAAAUUGGACAAGAAGGCGAGAGCGACAAUUUUUCUCUCUCUAUCCAAUAAUGUUCUUUUCAAUGUCACGAGUGAUGCAACAACAAAAAAAGGUCUCCAGAAUAGAGUGAAUUCUCCCCAAACUGCCACUCAUGUUGCAGGAAACUUUGGCUCCGUUUAUUCCCAAUUGGCUGGGCAACCCACUUGGUGGUCUUCAACUCCACCUCAGCUUGCACGAUGUGUUUUAUCCUCCCCACACCCACCUCCAUGCCAACCUGCCCAAUCAUGUGCCUCCCCUCACUCCUCGCGUGACCUGCCAAUGCUGCAGGCUUCUCUCGACCCCCCUACAGCUUCCUUCCCCUCUCCACAGGCCCUCUCCCAUGAGCUUCCUGCAAGCCUUCCACCCCCUGGGCCCUCCCUGCUCUCCUCCCUGCAUCCUCAUGUUCCCAUGGGGCUUGUGCCUCCUACGCAAGCUCCCUCCUAUGCGCUACUUGCCCACUCUCAUGCCACAGUCUUUGCACCACCCCGUCCCCUACACUCACCUAAUGAUAAGGGGUCUCUGCCACCAUCAUGCAUCGAAACUGUCGAUGGUGAUGUGGCAGCCCCCUCUUGUAGACCUAGCUCUUUACCAUUAAAUCCAACGCAGGUAGAGCAAGAUGCUUCUGCAGGUCCACAUGCCCGUGAUUUGUCUGUAUCUAAUGUGGACAAAUUUCCAUAA